AUGGACGAUCAGAAACAGUUAUUUGUGUUCGCACAGCCACUGCCUGGCAAUGAUCAGUCACUACUGGAAAGAGUGAAAACGGCAGCAAGUUCACGAAAUCGUUAUGGUGCAGUCACGACGUAUGCCCUUUCUGAGAUCGAAGCCAGCAAUAUCAUUCAAAUGGUUGUCGGGCCGAGCCAUAUUGCCUUUCUUUUUAAGAACGGUCGAGUGGCGCGUUUGGGGUAUCAUUUAACGGUGAAUAAGGAUGAAUCGGGGGCUGGGACAGGAGGUGGGGGAGGGUCAUCAGGAACCGAUGAUAAGUCAUCAUCUGGAAGUGGUGCUGUUGGAUUGGGUGCAGCAGCGAAUUCAAGCGGAACUUCGACAGCGGGGAGUGAGUCGGCGACGAAUACAUCAAGCGCGAAUUCAGCUUUGAAUCGUACUGCGAAGAUACGACGUGUGAUGUUAACGUCAAGACGGUCAGCAACACUCGGCGAAAGGGCUGGUGUCAUAGUGGAUCGUACACGACCAUUGGUACCGCUCAGCGCCAUUCCUGAGGAUCUGAUUGCUCAAGCACAGGUUGUGCUGCAAGGUAAAUCACGCGAUGUGAUCGUACGCGAGCUGCAACGGACCAAUCUGAAUGUAAACGAAGCUGUGAACAAUUUGUUGAGUAGAGAUGACGAGGACGGUGACGAGAUGGACGAAGGUUCAGAGUCGUAUUUACCAGAGGAGUUGUUGUCUUUGUUAGAUGCAGGCUUGAGAUCAGAUGUUCGAGGAACGGCAGUGAUUGACCACGAUGCUUUUUAUGCAGCCACUGGCAAUGGCUUCGAUUAUGUCGUAGCCAGGGAUAUUGCCAGGCGCAAGGCCGAUCGAGGAGAAAAGAAAAACGAUAAAUCGAAGGAACCAACAUCGGAUGGUACGAAUGCAGUGAUUAAAGUCUAUGAUCGAUUGCAGUAUUGGAAUGAUGACGACGAUAAAUUGCCAUAUGGCGUCACAAAAUUCACGAAGAUAGUGUCAAUGCACAGUGAAUUGAUAGCAUUGGCUGAUGAUGGUUUCAUUUAUGGAUGGUCGUGGAAGAGUAGCAAUGGUACAGUAGCACAACAUCCUUUCGCUAAAGCCAUCUUAGCGAACGGCUUUAACGGAGAGAAGAUCGUGGAUAUAGUGACGUGUGCGUAUCGAGCGUGCAUCCUAACAUCAGCGAAUCGAGUGGCAUCAUUCAUGGAUGCAGGUGCAUGUGGCAAACGUGUAUCCAAACUGCUGAUGAUGCCGUUGAGUGACGUGCCUGAUGGUGAGAAGGCUGUCGCUUUGUACGCUUGUCCAAUGUUCUCGUUGGUCAGAACACUCAACAACAACUUUUAUUGGUGGGGCAUUUAUCCAUUCAACGAACGACGCAAACUCUGGGAGCGAGUUCGGUCACGUUCGAGACGUCAUGUGACAUUCGACGUGAGUGAAAUCACUGAGGGAUGCGAAGUACGAACCAAGUCUCAUCCCAUUUAUAUGGCUGGAUCGAUUGCGAUUAGCUUUGUCUCUGGAGUACCGAUGAUCGGGACGUUGAUGGAAUCAGCAUGGACAUUAGCGGAACUGUGCAGGUUUCGAGUGCAAACACCAUCACAAUACGACGAAUCAAGUACACGAGAAAAGCAUUCAGGUGAUGACCAACAGAAUGAGAGCGAAGCUAGACAAGCCUUCAGCUCGGCGUCGUGCUCGUCUCAUAAGAAGAGCAUUCUGAAUCAGAAUGGAAAACGACCGCGUGAAGAGAGUGUAACGCCGACGUUUCGUGAAACGGCUUGGGCGUUGAACGACGUAAUUUUCAUUCACGAAGAAAACUCGCAAGACACGGCCAUCGUUAAGAUUGUGGAUGGUGCGUACUGCGGAAUCGUUUAUAAAUCGGCGAGCGAUGCGAAUUCGAAGCUGGAUGCUGGAGGCACUAAUCAGCUCGUUGAACUGGCCAAGAUUCGACUGAUGCGUAAAGAUGACCUCGUCAUUGUGUCACCCAGCAAUCGCACGUCACGAUCACCCGAUAACUUCCAGAUGCACUUAACUAAAAUACAACUGCCAAAUUGGCUAUCGGCGCGCAAGUUGCAUUCGGUCACUGUUGAUAAUACUGGAGUGCGGAUGCUCGUCGAGAAGCGUGGUCGUAUGCAUCUAAUCCGAGUGAGUGUAUUUGGCAAACUUCUCACCGAUCACCUCCUUCCCAUGAACUCAGUAGCGUUGAGUGGCGUACCGCAAUUAACACCGCAGUUGAUUAAUUAUGGUGAUGAAUCAUUAACCGUGAUUCGUGAUGGGAAUGGUUCGAUAAUACCGAUGUGUCGUGAUGCUGUCGGUGGCUUUAGAGAACCGGUUUAUCUCGGGUUUGCAUCGAUUCGACAUUCAGCGAUCGGGUUGAGGCCAAUUGAGCAAGGUAGUGACGCGACUAGUUUCGGAAUGAGCACUCCAUCGAACGCUGCCACUGGAUCAUCACGACAAAGCAACCGCACAGCAAUCAUCGCCGCACUGAUAGCGCCAUCACCGACAUCCGUUCACCCAGCCAUACCAUCUUUAAUACAAACAAUCCUUUAUUGCGAUUCAAAGGCUGUCGAGUGUGUUCUGGAUGCUUUGAGAAAGGAAUCUGUAGACGUGAUAAUGUCGGAGGUUGUAUAUGCACGAUGUGAUGGCAAUCGCAAUGUAAUACAUACAGCUGUAAUGAAUGCGUUCUCGUUGACGAAUCGAGAUGAUGAAGACACAGAUGAUGCGUCUACACAACAACAAGUGGAAAUGAAUGCAGCCGAGCAAACUCGCGCAUCGUACGACCAACGUUGGCAACGCAUUCUUAGGAGACGUGGCACUGAGUCGAGCAAUGAACAGUUAUUACUGCGUGAACUGAUGAAUCCGAUUCGCAGAUCAGGACAUGAAGUGAGCAGUGUUGAGGAUGUGCUCGCCGAUAUCGCCAAGAGUUUCGAGGACAGCAAGAAGCAACCACCGCUGUUUUUUGAUGAUAAUUCGAUGCCAAUCCUCGCCACACCAGUGUCCGAACCGAAACAACGACAGACAAAUGCAAUCGAGAUCGUGAAAACACUCUGUCGACAUCCAACUACCGUCACCUAUUUGCAUGAUUUACUCACAACGAAAGAUAUUCAUGGUCAUACACCAUUCAUGUGUGCGAUCAACGUGCGAGCUUAUUCGGCUGCUUACUUCAUCUGGACGGCUAUCGAGAAUCUGCACAAGGAAGUGUUAACGACAACGACACUACAAAGUGGUAAGAAAGCGGUCAACGCAGACUCAAUAAUCAAUGCAACAGUAUUCCCAGUAGGGAGUAAACCCGAUGAUUCACCACUUUUCGUGUUGUGUGAUAUAUUCGAAUGUAAGACGUGUGGCUUGAUUGGAACGCUGUGUUGUUGUACGGAGUGUGCAUUCACGUGUCAUCGAAAUCACGAUUGCAAAUUGAAACGCACCUCGCCGACAGCUUAUUGUGACUGCUGGGAGAAGUGUUCGUGUAAGGCAUUGGUAGUUGGGAAUAGAGCGCGCAGGGAGAAGUUGUUGGAGACGUUGCUGCACGGCACUGACCUGAUUAAUCAGGUUAACGCACGUGGUGAACAUUUGAUGUUGUUCUUGGCGAGAACUGUCGGACGGCAGCUUGUCGAACAAGAGCAUUAUCAACGAAGAGGGAAUUCGAAUAAACCGAAAACACAACCUUCAUCAGAUGGAGUUACUCCUGAACACGACUUGGAACCACCGAAAUUUGCACGGACAGCAUUCAUGAAGUUGUUAACAGAUUGGCGAUCGGUUAAGAGUGUUAUCAUGAUCGGUGUGAAGAAACAACAGAAAGAUACGUUGAUGCUCGAAGAAGUUUAUCAGCUCAAUCAGCAAAGUGGAACGUCGCACCUCGAUAAAUUCGUCUUUACUUUACUCGCCAAAUGCACCGAAUCGCACAUCGAUUCGCUGCUGAAUACGCUGAUCACAGAGUCGAAUAAGAAAGACAGUGACGAGGAGAAACGUGAUCCAGAUGUUGAUUUCAUAAUAGCACGCUUCAUUCGAUCUGUUAUCAGGUUGUUCGCGAUUCUGACACUCCUCUCGCCCGUAGCUGCUGGAGUGGCAGCAGCAGCCACUUCGGGUACAGUGUUCGCACCGAUCAUCAAUAAUGGUGCACCGCAAAGACGAUCGCUUGCGUCUGGUUUUCAUGCUGUCAGUUUCUCGGGAUUGUUAUCGUUGGUACGCACAAGCAGUGGACGUGAUAGCUCGGCGGUUAAGCAAGCCAAGAAGAAGAGUGUAACAAAUUUUGUGCUGAAAUGUCGUCGUGUAUUCCAAACACUGAUCUGUUACUCGAUAAACGAAUUGUGCAAUAUGGCUGAUGCGUUGAUAGCUCCGGUGAGACGAGGCAUUUUGAAACCGACAGCAUUGGUACAACAAACGAAUAGCAGUGUAGAUUGUUUAGAGAUGAUAGAGCAUUAUUUGGCCGGAGAGGUGGAUCUGUCAUCGUUGAGCACAUCUCGUUUCGAUGAUUUCACUUCCAGUAAACCUGCAUCCAAGAGGAGACGGCAGAGUAGUCGUCGAGACACAGACAGACAAGUCGAUGACGAAUCGCAUAGCAGUACAACAGCAUCAACUGGUGGAGGGACGUUAAGCGCACUGAUCAACGUUGUGGACAGUGAUAAUUCGAGUGAUUACGAAAGUGAUGAUGUGGCAUCAGCUAGACACCCGGUUAGUCAAGGGUCAUCGGUGGAUGCAGUUGAUGAUGAACAACGUCCGAAAAGAUAUCGUGGUGAUUACGAGGAUGAGGAACUGUUGAGUAUGUCGGGAGAUGAAGAUGAGGAUGAGGGUGAGGAUGGAGGAGAUGAUGAUGACGAAUCGAUGGAUGACUCGGUUAGUACCCCUCCCGAGAGAGGGGACGACGAGAAUGAGGAUGGCGAGGAGACUGAUGGUGAUGCUGCUCGAGAUGGUAUGGGUUCGGGUCGUGCGGAAAGGGAUCGGGACGACGAUGAAGAGGAGGAUAUUUUUAAUGUGGCCGACGAGGAGGAGCGUGAAGAGGACGGCGAAGAGGCGGACGGUGAUGCAGAACGACAGCCCGAUGCAUUCUCAGCGAGUAAUCAAGAUCCUUAUGCAUUCCGAGUGUCAACUCGAAGUCAACGUCGUAACAGCCGAUCCGCGUCCAGGAGCAGCAAUGUGACAAUGUCGAAUGCUCCCUCGAACGCGAAUGAGCCGUCAAGCAACAACGAGCGUGAUAAUUCGUUAAGUAACACUGAUACUGCCAAUGGUUCAUCUCGUACAAGAGGUGAGGGCAGCAGCGAUACGUCUGGUCACGAUUCUGCAACUGAUGUUGCUAGAAGUGAUGCUACUACUGGCAGUAAUAAUAAUAACGAAGCAAAUACGGAUAGAAGUGCAGAGGUGAGUGAGGAUGAUCGAGGGUCCGGUGAUGGGGAUACUUCGAGACAAUCGGCAAUGCGCGUUUUGUUCACGACUGAUUCGGGAGGUGAUAGCGGUACAACGCGAUCGCGUGCUGCAAGUCGCAGGGCUGCUAUGAGGAGAAAUGCAACCUUGGAAGAUAUACACAUUGCUGCCCCACCAACUCCACCAUCUGAGCGUGAUGCGUCUUCAGCGAGAACAUCUGGUGUUACUAGUGGUCGCAAUAACACACUUCCAUUAACAUGGGCAAUGCGACGAAUUUCGUCUUCGAAUGGUGGUUCGUCGAGAAAUCUUGAAUCUUCUUCGAUAAACCGAGAUUCUGCAGCAGAUAGGGAUCGUAACGGAGAUAAUUUGAAUGAAAAUGAUCAUCACCGUCGUUUCGUUAAUUCAAAUUCGCCCUCAAACGGUCGCAGUAAUACGAACAACAGCUCGGCAGCAGCAGCAUCUUCACAACAUUUAGGUGACGCAAUCAAUGGUGAAGAUGAUUGUCAGAGUUCUGUCAACAAAACGAGUCAGCAGUUGGCUAUGUCAUUUUCAAUCAUCACAAGAUUGGUGGUUGAUCUGAUGCCAUUACUAGUUGAUUAUCGCGAGUAUUCGAAGAGUUCGUAUUCCCACAUACCGAAAAUGCUGGAACUGAACGAUGUGAUUGUGGCUGCACUGAGACAUGAAAUCGGUGAGCGUUUUAAUGCGACGUGGCGUUGGAUGGAAUCGGUUUUGGACCGUACAGAAGCGCAGCUGAGAUUCGGUAAUGCUCUGAUGUGGUCACCGGCCGGCGCUAUGAUCGUGAACGAUGAUCGGAAGUCGUCAUCAUCGCGCAAAGAUGACGUGAGAAGACGUGCUCCUGCCAUUUACUCUGCAGCGUUACGAGCCGAUUACACGACAGCUAGACAGCUACCGAGAGGAGAGUCGUCAAGCAAAAAAUCCGAUGAAGAGAGUUAUCAGAUGGUGGCACGAUCCGAUUUGUUUGGCUAUAUUUUGGCACUGAUGCGCUCGAAUGCAGCUGAGAACGGAGAUGACGUACCGAUCAUCGAAUUUAAUGCACUGAAGGCAUUGGCUUUCGUUGCUGAUGCUUAUUUAUCGUUCGUUGAUAUGAUCGAGAAGGUGGAUUUCACCCUCGAACAAAUGCAUUCUGACGAUGGUGAUGCAUCUGCGAGCAGUAACCAGACUGUUGACAUGUUCGAGGACCAGCCCAUGGCAUGCUUUAUUUUGCUUUUUGAUUGGUACAGUUGGAAAGCAGUUUUUCGAGAAUGUGAGCCUACCACAAGCGCAUCACCGAAAGCAGAACGUCACUUCUUCCAGCGCUCGAAUUCGUUACUGUAUCCUGGAAUAACUGCGGCUCGGAAUCAUCAUGCGUUCGAACACAAAUGCUCGGAUUGUUUGACACUCGCCGAACAACCUCAGCUCCUGAGAGCGGGUCUAGAGAAAGAACACAUGUUCGGCUUGCCUGUAGAACAGCGAUCUGCUCAAGAUCAUGAGCGUUGUGCACGUGAGCAUGGUGUUGAACACCCGGCACAUCAAGGCCUUGCAGCGCCAUGGUCAUCUUUCAAGGAACUUAUGCCAUCACAAACUCAAAGCGGUUCAAUGGGAAGUCGAGAAGCAGCAACCGCGUCGACAGCUGCAGUUCCAGGUCGACCGAAUGUAAUCGUGCAUUCGAAGAGUAUUGGUGCAGGCGAGACUUCGUCAUCUGCAGUUGUCCCUCCAAAAGCACGUCGCAGAACUUCGUCAUCAGCGGCACAAGCACGAACAACCGCACCUACCCAGUCACAUUCACAACCCCAACCACCCUAUGGAUUUACAGGAAUCAAAUUGGAGAGUUUGAUGAGCGCGUUACAUGAGCGAAAUCAAAGUCAACUGCAUAAGUCUCUGGCUAGGUGGAAACAUACACUGAGUCUUAUGGCUAAGGCGUAUUAUAAGCAGUUGUUGGGUGGUUGUGGAGAUGAGUCAUCGGCAUCGAUUCUGCUCACUGAAAUGGUCGGAUUCUCGAUUCGAGAGGCACAAUUUCGUAAAAGAAUGGAGAAAUUCAAGGCCGCACAAACAAAGGAUCUUAUCUUUGAGGUAGAACGUGACAAGCAUGAAUUGGUGGCACAAACAAUCCGUCAGUUGAAUAUGCACUAUACACGACGCACUGCCAAUUCAGCAGCAGCCAGUAGUCAAACGCAGUCGACAGGUUCUGCUGGAGGUAGUGGCAUUGUUGGUCGUGGUGGUGUACGUUUGCUGUCCUUCUGGAAUGGCUUGUCGACGACUCAGAGCUCGGCUGGAAAUGCAGAUGUGAACAACAAUCCGCCGUUGGCAUGCCACAAGGUGAAAGUGACGUUCAAAGAUGAGCCGGGUGAAGGAAGCGGAGUGGCACGAAGUUUUUACUCGGCGGUGGCAGAUGCCUUCUUAACAAUGCAAACACUUCCCGAUGAACACCAUGUUCUCACGGCUUUUGGUGCUCCUUCUUCAUCAGACAACACGCCGCAAUCAAAUAAUCGUGGACCGUGGACAAGAAGUGGCAUUCGUGAACGGAGUGCGGUUCUGUUGGGAAAUCUGAGCAUUUCUGGUAGACGGCGUGGUCGUUACAUGCUAUCGGUGAAUUCACAGCCGUACUUCUCAGCGCAACAGCCACAAUUGAAUGAAUCAGCAUCGCAUCCGGACGGAUUCGAAUUGAUCAGAUAUCCAACAGACGGAUUAGCACCGUUAACUCUUCGAGAACCUGAUCGCGAAACGCUUGGCGAGAGAUUAUUGGCUAGGGUUAGGGCGAUUAGACCGACGUUAUGUAAUAAAAUAACGGGAAUGUUACUUGACUUACAACCGCAUCAGUUGAUAACGAUAUUGGCGAGUGAAGACUUAUUGAGAGGUCAUGUUGACGAGGCAGCUGAUAUGCUGCUGGCAGCAGGUCUUGGUAAUAACAGUCGAUCGGGUGAUACAAACACGACUUCCGGGCUCGGACUGAAUCUGGAGCAUUCCGCUGAUGUUGGUGUUGCUGAUUCGUCGAUGAACAAAGCAGCAAGUACACCAAACCUGCAAGGAAUGAGCACAACAACAGGUCCGGAUGAUGACACAUUACCGUUGUUCUAUCGUGCAAGUAAAUGUGGCUAUUACACACCGAUCGCUGGCAAGAACACUGCUCAUCGUUUGAAUGCAUUCCGCAAUGUUGGCAGGAUGAUUGGGAUUUGCUUAUUACAAAUGGAAAUCUUCCCACUGCACGUUUGUCGUCACGUGUUGAAGUUCGUUUUGGGACGACCGAUAAAUUGGUUCGAUUUGGCAUUCUAUGAUCCGAUUUUGUUUGAAUCGAUGCGAACGUUGGUGUUUAACGAGGGUGCUUUUACGAGACCAGAUCAAAUCAACGAUUUAAUGCUCAAUUUCGAAGUGGCAUUACCUAUCGAAGAGGGUGGUGGAGUGGUGGAGUUGGUGCGUGGUGGAUCACAGAUAGCAGUGACACACGAGAAUGUGGUCGAGUACAUAUAUCGUUUUGUCGAGAUGAGACUUCUUGGAAAUCAUCUCAAAGCUCUUGAGGCAAUCAAACAAGGUGUGUACGAUGUUAUUCCAUUUGGAUCUCUGACAAAUAUGACGUCUGAAGACUUGCGAUUGUUACUUUGUGGCACACAGGAGGUGUCGAUGACAUUGAUGCAAAGUUAUACGUCGUUCACGGACGAAAGUUCGGCAGCGCCUGAUGUGUUGCAGCGUUUUAAAGGAUGGUUCUGGUCUGUGUGCGGUAAAUUGAAUAGCCAAGAGAAACAGGAUCUGGUGUUCUUCUGGACGGGGUCACCGUCUUUACCAUCCAGUGAAGAAGGAUUCCAACCGCUACCGACCGUUCUUGUACGCCCUGCAGAUGAUCAGCAUUUACCCACUGCGAAUACAUGUAUUUCAAGGCUCUACUUACCGCUCUAUUCGAGUAAGAAAGUGCUUCGAAGCAAGUUAUUGAUGGCCAUUAAAGCCAAGAAUUUCGGUUUUGUGUGA